AUGAAAAUCAGGUCACGGGAAGUUGCGGUGGUUAUUCAGGGCGUGAUUGUGGUGUCGACCGUGCCAGAGCUCCUUGAAAGCAAAGCAAGAUGUUAUGCUGGCAGCAAGGCAGCCAAAAGUCUUGGCCGACGCCACCACCAGCUUCUCCGGGCGACAACGACGAUAGGAUUAUUCUUCAUUCAAGAAGUAGAAACAAUGUGCCCAGCUGCCAAUUCUCUACAGUAUCGGGUCCUAAGAAUCCCCCGAGGUGUAUUCACCCCACAAACGCCCUUGUACUUGGAUUUCCUUGCUCCGAGCACCGUUCGCCACUCCUCUCGUCGAUGUUUCUUUUUCAGCGCCAAGACGUCAACAAGAGACGUUGCAGAGCCCGCAGAGCCCCGGGAGCCCUUCGAACAAAACCGAUCGAGUAGUCCGUCUGCGAAACCUCGAUAUGUUCUCUCACGUGCACAGAGAGUGUAUCUUGAUCGCGCCCUGCGAGUGAAUCAAGCCGGCGAGCUUGCCGCGACACUGAUAUAUGCAGCGCAGAAGCCGCCUAUUCUACGAUCGCAUCCUCAUCUACGACCGUUGAUGAAACAUAUGUACGAUCAAGAAGCUGUACAUUUUGCCAAAUUCAACCACCUAGUGGCAAAACAUCAAGUGCGGCCCACUGCCAUGUAUCCAAUCUGGGAAGUUGCUGCUACUUUUCUAGGCUGGUCGACAGCAAUCAUGGGACGGGAGGCAGCAAUGGCAUGCACAGAGGCCGUUGAGACAGAGAUCGGAACGCAUUAUAAUGAACAAGUCAGCACAAUCAUAGGGUGGAUGAAGGAAGCGGAACAGCGUGGAGAAGAGGUAGAUGACGAGAUCAAGGACUUGUUAGCGCUAUUGAGAAAAACGCGCGACGAGGAGUUGGAACAUCUAGACCAUGCUGUCGAAAAUGACUCCAAGGAAGCGAAGCCGUAUGAUCCCUUGGUAAAUAUUAUUCGUACCGGAUGCAGAGCUGCGAUCAACAUCAGCGAGAGAGUUUAGCCUGCUCUGUUCGGUACGGCGAGUUCUUGUUUGAAGGCGAUUGUACAAUACUGAGCAUGAUGGGAUCAGGACUGAUUUCCGCGUUGAAAGGAAAAAAGUGUGUGUUCUUCUACUAAAACGCCUGGCCUGGAUGAUACUAUAACACAAGACAAAUGAAGAUCUUCCUUCAACAGUCAUCAUCCAGUCGAUUAGCUGGAUUUUAAGUGUGUUUUGAAUUACCCAAGUGAUUUAUGAUAAUAAUACUAUCUUUUCCGUCUUUGCUGAGAUAGGCGAACCUAGAGGAAGAUCUCGGUUGCCUUAAAAUCGAUCCAUUAUUAGUACCAUACUUCUCCAAA